AUGGUGUCGAGAAAGGGUAUAAUCGCAACGAUGGGAGUGAAAAUACAUUUCCGAAAGCAUCAUGUGGUUUUGGAUAACGACAUUGUUCAACUGAAGUUAACAAAUCCGGGAGGAUUUGUAACUGGCGUAAAGUACAACAACAUCGAUAAUUUGCUUGAAGACCAUAACGAUGAAUCAGAUAGAGGGUAUUGGGACCUCGUUUGGAGUUCGGCCGGAAAUCUGGGAACGACCGGUACCUUUGAAAGGAUCGAAGGGACAAGUUGUGAGGUUAUAGUGGAAACGGAUGAUCAAGUAGAAGUCUCGUUUUCAAGAACAUGGGAUUCGUCUCUUGAAGGAAAGCACGUCCCAUUGAAGAUCGACAAAAGGUUUGUGUUACUUCGUGGUUCUUCGGGUUUCUACUGCUACGCGAUUUACGAACAUCUGGAAGGAUGGCCUGGUUUCAAUCUUGAUGAAACCAGGAUAGUGUUCAGACUCAGAAAGGACAAGUUUCACUAUAUGGCGAUGUCCGAUGACCGACAAAGGUAUAUGCCUUUGCCUGAUGAUCGGUUGAAUGAUAGAGGUAAACCUUUGGCUUAUCCUGAGGCAGUACUUCUCGUUAAUCCGGUGGAACCCGAAUUCAAAGGAGAGGUAGACGAUAAAUAUCAAUAUUCGUGUGAAACAAAGGAUCUAAAGGUCCAUGGAUGGAUAUCCACGGAUCCGGCUAUCGGAUUUUGGCAAAUUACAUCAAGUAAUGAGUUCCGAACAGGCGGACCUAGGAAGCAAGAGCUUACUUCUCAUGUUGGCCCGAUAAAUCUAGCUAUGUUUGUUAGUGCUCAUUAUGCCGGAAACGAUUUAGUUAUCAAAUUUGGCGAAGGUGAGCAAUGGAAGAAAGUUUUUGGUCCGGUUUUUAUGUAUCUCAAUUCGACGACCUCCAUGGGAGAAGACCCUCUUACGCUCUGGAAUGAUGCCAAGAAUCAGAUGCUGGAUGAAGUUGGAAAAUGGCCCUACGAUUUUCCAGCUUCGAAAGAUUUCCAGCAAGCUCACGAACGCGGCACGCUAAGCGGUAGAUUGUUUGUACACGACAAGUUCAUUAGCGACGAAAACACACCUGCCAUUGGUGCGUAUAUCGGACUAGCUCCACCAGGAGACCCCGGAUCAUGGCAACGGGAAAACAAGAGCUACCAGUUUUGGAGUAAAGCAAACGAUGAAGGCCAUUUUUCGAUUCAAAACAUUUUGGCUGGCUCAUAUAAUCUAUACGCUUGGGUUCCUGGAUUCAUUGGCGACUACAAAAACCCUACCACCAUUACCAUCACACCAGGCUGUGAGAUCGAAAUUGGUGAUAUUGUUUACGAUCCCCCAAGAGACGGCCCAACGUUAUGGGAGAUCGGAAUACCCGAUAGAUCUGCUGCAGAAUUCCACAUUCCUGAUGCUGACCCAAUCUAUACAAACCAGUUUCUUGUCGACGAUCCUAACAGGUUUAGACAGUAUGGAUUAUGGGAGAGAUACACAACGCUGUAUCCUGAUAGUGAUUUGGUUUUCACCAUCGGUGAAAGUGAUUACAAGAAAGAUUGGUUCUUUGCACAUGUGAACAGGAAGAAAGAUAAUGGUGACUAUGAAAAAACGACAUGGACGAUCAAAUUCAAGCUUAACGACGUUAGCAAGAAUGGAACUUAUAAACUGAGAUUGGCUCUAGCAUCCGCACAAGUAUCUGAUCUACAGGUUCGAGUUAACGAUCCAAACAAGGAAUUGCCAUUGUUUUCAACUGGAAUAAUUGGAGGAGAUAAUGCAAUUGCAAGGCACGGGAUACACGGGCUGUAUUGGUUAUUCAACAUAGACAUACCGGGAACGAAUCUGAACUCUAAUGGUGAGAACGCCAUUUAUUUAACACAAGAGAUCAUAGGAACCCCAUUUCGUGGAGUGAUGUAUGAUUACAUUCGUUUAGAAGGACCGCCUCCUUCGCAAUCCAUUAGUCAUGUAUGUAUUUAAUUAACGUUUAUGUUUUAAAUAACGUGAAUUAUUUGUGUUUC